GACACCUGAGGCAACGCACAGCCAAGGGAACACGUAUACCACACGACCACGACGACAAGGACGACCAAGACGUAUACCUAACGCCCUGCCACCCGCCCAGCACAGGACACGUGGACUUUACUCGUGACAUUAUGAGACCUGGGAGAGCAUUGUGGCGAGCAGCAGCUGUGCUGGUUGUGACCGAGGCUGUGUGGUGCUCCGUGGCCCUUGCCUCAGGAAACUUUCAGGAGGCCGACACGAGUCUCUACACCACGACAAACACGGGGACGCUCGAAUGGUGGGAGGAUGGUAGCAGAAGACACACAGAGCAGACACAGCAUACAAGACACGAUGAAGGUACACGAGAGGAGCAGGAUAUCAAUGUCCUUGAUCUCCCUGAUGUUCUAAUCCCUGCGAGUCACAUGCAGCACAUUCAAGAGAACAUGGUUGAUAACAGACAAAUGGGCGGCGAGGACAAGAGGUCACAUUACCAAGAAGGACGAAGACUGGAGGAGAACACUAAAGAAAAUGAAGUGGAGGUGGAGGAGGAGAUGAAUGAGGAGGGGAGAUUGUUCUUUACAGGUUUAACAGGCUUGACUGGAAACCAACAAGUGACGAUCAGCGUGGAUGGUUUGUGGGCGGCCAUCAUGUGGAUCGUAUUCAUGGUGGUGCUCAUCAAACUCCUCAUCUACGUCAUCACCGGCAAGAGCUACACCUACUGGGGGCGAUGGCUCACCUCUGCCUUCGGUGACGACUACUACUACAACAACCCGUACCACUCCACCUACACCGCCUACCGCGCCUUCGACAACCACGCCAAGAAGUACAACUAAUAACGGGAACACACACACACACACACACACACACACACACACACACACACACACACACACACACACACACACACACACACACACACACACACACACACACACACGUUACAAUCUGAAGUAUGUAGAAAAGACAAUUAACUGAUUUACAAAGUCGUGGUAUUUUUUUCUAUUUUUAGCAUCAGUGUGAUUAGUGUGAUUGUUAUUUUUGAUGUUUUGUUCCUAAAGUAUAGUAUUGUUUCUAUACUUUUUUUUUAUAGGUAUGUAAAUAUUGUGGAGUGUUUGUUUUAUUUAAUUAUUUUAGGUUGUAUAAGUUAGGUUAGGGUUUACAUAGAGGCGUGCAUUUCUUCACAAACACAAACACACACACACACACACACACACACACACACACACACACACACACACACACACACACACACACACACACACACACACACUAAUAAUUUUCCAGUUUAGGUUGCGUUCCUCUAACUAAUGGACACUUGUGAUACAUAAUGAGAUAAAAUAAGAUAAAAAUAAAAUGAAAACGAAC